AUUCCACCUGACGGUCUUUCCAAGUUCCUCCCCUGUCUUCCUCUUCCCUUUCCUCCCUUUUUCUCUCCCCGCCAUUCUUUCCCUCUGAAAAAGAAAAGAAGAAGAAGAAGAAUUACUCUGCCCUUUCUCUCAAUUUGCAGAUCACGAACUCGAAGAUUCACCGGAAAGAAAAUUCCAUUUCUUGUGUCUGUGCUUCGAAAAAUGCACAGGCAGAAAGAGGGGCACCUCUACGGCACAAAUGCCUUCUUUUUCUGCUUCAUCUCCGUUUUGGUUUCUCCGGCGACGACGCGUCCGAGCUACGCCGCCCUCGACGUCAAUAACCCGGCGGAGGUGCAGCUCCUCACGCGCACCGUCUCUAACAAGUUGAAGAACUUCACGGCCCUCUUCGGUGAUAAAAUUACCGAACAAUUGGGUUUUUGCAUCGAAAAUGUGGAUGUUGAAUGGAAAAGGGCAUUUGAUUUUACUGAUACAGAGUUUCUGUCCAAUUGCAUCAAGAGAACAAAAGGGGAUAUGAUGGAGCGGCUGUGUACAGCAUCAGAAAUACAGUUUUAUGCGGCUAAUAUAAUGAUGGGUGCACUGCAAAGAAAGAGUACGAACUUUGUGACACUUAACAAGAACUGUAAUUUAUCAUCUUGGAAUUCUGGUUGUGACCCUGGAUGGGCUUGUAGUGUUGGAAAAGAUGUGGCCGUUGAUCUUAAAAAUAUGAAGGAAAUCCCAACAAGAACGAACAAUUGUCAACCAUGUUGUGAAGGCUUCUUCUGUCCUCAUGGUCUCACCUGCAUGUUGCCCUGUCCUCUAGGAUCUUAUUGCCCUUUGGCAAAACUCAACGAAGCUACUGCAGGGUGUGAUCCGUAUAAUUAUCAAGUGCAGCCUGGUCAAAGUAAUCAAACAUGUGGUGGAGCAGAUAUGUGGGCGGAUAUUAUUACCGGUCAUGAUCUAUUCUGCCCAGCAGGAUCUUACUGUCCAACUACUAUCCAAAAAAUUCCAUGUGAUAGUGGACAUUACUGCAGAACUGGCUCAACGACCCAAACAAAGUGUGUUGAGUUGGCUACAUGUGAUCCCCAAACGGAAAAUCAAAACAUCACUGCAUAUGGGGCCCUUCUUGUUGCUGGAAUCAUUCUCAUACUUUUUGUUAUAUACAAUUGCUCGGACCGAGUACUGAGCACUAGAGAGAAAAGGCAAGCCAAAUCCAGAGAAGCUGCUGUAAGAAGUGUAAGGGAAACUGUACAAGCACGUCAAAAAUGGAAAUCUGCAAAGGAUAUUGCUCGAAAGCGUGCAACUGAACUUCAGUCACAGUUGUCGAGGACAUUUUCUCGUAAGAGAUCAGUGAGGGAGGAAACAAAGAUUUCAUGCAGUCAACCCACAGACUCUUCCUUGCCACCUGACCCUUCUGAAGAUAACUCCGAGAGUUACGAUGAUUUCAACAUUGAGAUUGAGGGAAAAAAUUCAAAAAAGAAACCUCACAAGGCUAAGCACUUGCAUACACGCAGUGAGAUUUUCAGAUAUGCUUAUGGUGAAAUCGAGAAAGAAAAAGCUCUUCAGGAGAACAGCCCAAAUCUGAGCUUCUCUGGUGUCAUCUCAAUGGGGACUGAUAGUAAAUUUAUAACCAGACCUCCAAUUGAGGUUGCUUUUAAAGAUCUGACGCUUACUUUAAAAGGGGAAAAGAAGCAUCUGUUGAGGUGUGUAUAUGGGAAGUUGUCACCUGGUCGUGUUUCUGCUGUUAUGGGUCCAUCCGGGGCUGGAAAGACAACAUUCAUUUCUGCUUUGACUGGAAAAGCUAUAGGGUGUAACAUGAGUGGUGUUCUUCUUAUAAAUGGCAAGGUUGCAGCCAUGCAGCCAUACAAAAAAAUUAUUGGCUUUGUUCCACAAGAUGAUAUAGUACAUGGAAAUUUGACUGUGCAAGAAAAUCUCUGGUUUAGCGCAAUAUGCAGGUUGCCAGCAAAACUUCCAAAAGCAGAAAAGGUUUUGGUUGUGGAAAGAGUAAUUGAAUCUCUGGGAUUGCAAAAUGUGAGAGAUUCCCUUGUUGGUACAGUGGAAAAAAGAGGCAUUUCUGGCGGCCAAAGGAAGCGAGUAAACGUUGGGCUGGAAAUGGUAAUGGAACCUUCAUUACUGAUCUUAGAUGAACCCACCUCUGGUUUGGACAGUGCUUCUUCUCAGUUAUUACUUAGAGCACUUCGCCGCGAGGCUCUUGAAGGAGUAAAUAUAUGCAUGGUGCUUCACCAACCAAGCUAUGCAUUAUUCAAUAUGUUCGAUGAUUUCAUACUUCUUGCCAAGGGCGGGCUUGUCGUCUAUCAUGGACCAGUGAAGAAAGUUGAAGAGUACUUUGCAGGCCUGGGGAUUCAUGUCCCCGAGCGUGUCAACCCCCCUGAUUAUUUCAUUGAUCUUUUAGAGGGAAUUGAAAAACUAAGCCCAGAUAUCGGAGUGAACUACAAAGAUCUUCCUCUGAGAUGGAUGCUUCAUAAUGGCUAUCCCGUACCACCAGACAUGCUAGAGCCUGCUG